CAAUCAAAGAAAGGAGGAGGUUGUCGCCUUGUCUUUUCUUUCUACAGUUUGAUUGCCAACAAAAUUCUCAAUCUGAGAGAGAAAAAAGAAGAAGAUUUUGUUUUUUUACGAUAAAACGAUGAGAAUUUUUGGUGAAAUGGAGUUUUGAAAUGGGUUGUAAUGUUGGAUUAUUGAGUUUGCGUACCGCCAAAGAUAGCUAUUCUUUCAAGAAGCUAAUACUGUUGAAACGUCGCUGCUUUCUGUCGGGAUCCAAGUUUGUUGUUGGCGUCAAGUCAAAACCAUCAGGGGAGUUGUUCGCUUCUCCUUAUUUGCGCUUCUUCAAGCGCCCUUCAUGACCAUGAUCCCUUGCUCUCAAGUCUCUCUUGGAUCUCGCUCGCAGGUCCACCGCCACAACAACCAAAAACAACUUCCUAGCUUCUGUUUUUCUUCCCGAUGGACCCCACUUCUCGCCCCUCUGUCGUCAUCGACCACGGCACCGGGUAUACAAAGAUGGGAUUUUCUGGUAAUGUAGAGCCGUGUUUUAUUCAACCAACAGUAGUAGCAGUGAACGAGUCGUUUCUAAAUCAAUCCAGAACUUCUUCAAAAUCAAAUUGGUUAGCUCAAUACUCAGCUGGGGUAAUGGCAGAUCUUGAUUUCUUCAUUGGAGAUGAAGCAGUUGCGAAAUCACGAUCGAGUAAUACUUAUAACCUUACCUAUCCUAUUAGGCAUGGUCAAGUGGAUAACUGGGAUGCUAUGGAACGGUAUUGGCAGCAAUGUAUAUUCAAUUAUUUACGGUGUGAUCCUGAGGAUCAUUAUUUUUUGUUGACUGAGAGUCCACUUACUGCUCCUGAGAAUCGAGAAUAUACGGGUGAAAUUAUGUUUGAGACGUUUAACGUUCCGGGGCUUUAUAUAGCUGUGAAUUCUGUGCUUGCUUUAGCAGCUGGGUACACUACAUCUAAGUGUGAGAUGACAGGUGUGGUAGUGGAUAUUGGAGAUGGGGCCACGCAUGUUGUUCCUGUUGCAGACGGUUAUGUUAUUGGGAGCAGCAUUAAGUCAAUACCUAUAGCUGGAAAAGAUGUUACUCUCUUCAUACAGCAGCUCAUGCGGGAAAGAGGAGAGAAAAUUCCACCAGAGGACUCAUUUGAAGCAGCUCGGAAAGUCAAGGAGAUGUACUGUUAUACUUGUUCUGAUAUUGUCAAGGAGUUCAACAAACAUGACAAAGAACCUAAAAAGUACAUCAAACAAUGGAGAGGCAUUAGACUGAAGACAGGGGCACCAUACUCCUGUGAUAUUGGUUAUGAACGAUUUUUAGGUCCUGAGGUUUUCUUUAGUCCUGAGAUCUAUAGCAGUGAUUUUGCAACUCCUUUACCAGAUGUAAUAGAUAAGUGCAUUCAGUCAGCACCAAUUGACACAAGAAGAGCUUUGUAUAAGAAUAUAGUGUUAUCUGGUGGAUCAACCAUGUUCAAAGACUUCCACAGAAGGUUGCAGCGGGAUCUGAAAAAGAUUGUGGAUGCCCGAGUCCUUGCAUCUGAUGCUCGGCAUGGUGGGGAAGUAAAAGCACAACCUGUGGAAGUUAAUGUAGUCAGUCAUCCUAUCCAAAGAUUUGCAGUUUGGUUUGGAGGAUCUGUACUUGCAUCAACACCUGAAUUUUUUGCGGCAUGUCAUACAAAAGCAGAAUAUGAGGAAUAUGGAGCAAGCAUUUGCCGCACAAAUCCUGUUUUUAAGGGGAUGUAUUGAGGCAAAUAUCCAUUUUCAGCUGAUUAUUUAAAAAGCAUUCUCCGAUGAUGCUCAAGUGGAUGACUUGCUAUUGCCACCUCCAUCAUGCACAUCACCUUACUUCCGAUGUUCCCUGUUUGCUGGGUGCUCAUGUUUAUUGGUUGUACGAGGUGGUGCAAACAUGGUAGCCACCAGUCAAAAAGGGAAAGUUCUUACAUUCAUUCUUUAAUCAGGAGCAAAGGGUCCUCACAACAGCCUAUACAAUGCAGUCAAAUUUGUUGCCAGCUGGCCCUGCCAACACUUACGGAUCAAAUGGAGUAUCAAAUAGUUGAAAAAAAAUAUUGCUUAGCUGAAUUGCAUUUUUAGUGUUCAGCUUACUUAGGAUGUGAUGGGGAUUUUUUACAAAAUUUUUUUCUCUUCUUGGAGUUGGCCGAAGUAGGGUGGUUGGUUGUUUUUUGGUGGGAGCAGCGGCAAACUCCGAUGGUGAUUCUGUACUUUUGUUCCACUAGUACAUUUUCUGUCAGAAAGCAAGAUUGUAGGACAAAUUUUGAGUCAGAAAUUUGUUUUUGUGACAUUUUGCAAUUGGUAUUAAUCUUUUGUGUAAUAUUGAUCAAAAUUAGCAAAUUUUCAAA